AUGGCAACCAAUAGGCUGGCGGAACAGGUAGCCCUGGUUACCGGCGCAUCCCGGGGCAUCGGCGCGGUUAUUGCCCAACGACUUGCGAAGGAAGGGGCCAAGGUGGCGAUCAACUACCAGGCGUCGAAGGAAGCGGCUCUCCAGGUGGUUCGUGGAAUCGUCGAUGCCGGCGGCGAGGCGGUGGUUCUUCCCGGGGACGUUUCCAAGGAAAAGGAUGCCGAGACCCUGGUGAAGAGUGUCAUAGAACAGUGGGGCCGCAUCGACAUCCUGGUGAACAACGCGGGGAUAACCCGCGACCGUCUGUUGCUGCGCAUGACGGUGGAAGACUGGGAUCGGGUACUGGAAGUCAACCUGCGGGGGGCUUUCCUUUGCACCAAGUACGUGAUGCCUCACUUGAUUCGCCGUCGCCAGGGGCGUGUGGUCAACAUUUCUUCAGUAGUGGGCAUCGGUGGCAACCCGGGCCAGGCCAAUUACGCCGCAUCCAAGGCCGGGCUCAUCGGGUUUACCAAGUCCGUGGCUAGAGAGGUAGCCUCACGCAACAUUACGGUCAACGCCUUGGCCCCAGGCUUCAUAGACACCGGCGGCAUGGUGGACCAGAUGACCGAAGAGGCAAAGAAAACGGUGUUGGGCCGAAUCCCGAUGGAACGGUUCGGCAACGCCGACGACGUAGCCGAGGCGGUGUCCUUCCUUUGCGGAAAAGGGGCGGGGUACAUUACGGGACAAGUUAUUACCAUCGACGGCGGAAUGGUGGGGUAA